AUGAGUGAAAUGAAUUCAGUAGUCAAAGCAACUCUUGAGGAGUUUUGCGAUUCUUCUGUAUGGUUAGUUCAACAGUUUUCUUCAAAUUUGGAAAACACAUUUUCAAGUGUUGAGAACAGAUUAGAUGGUUUACAACCAAUGGCAGAAAAAUAUGAGAGAUUAUUCAGAACUAGUCCCAUCAUAAUAGAUGAAGAACUGUGUUUGAAAUUGGAAAAUAAUUCUACUAGCCUGUGGAAUCAGAUUACAAUGAUAGAAAAAUCAAAGAAUAACAAAGAAAAUCAAAAAAUCUUGUUCAGAUGCAAAGUUUAUGCUACUAUUCUACUUUCUAUUUAUGAAAGUUUGUCGCCAACGGUAGUGAAUAAAUUGAUGGUUUUGAAAUGUUAUAUCACAGUCUUGAAAGGACUUGAAGGGGAAUUUUACGAUCAACAAAUAUUGAGGAAUAUUCAAGAACAAUGUGAUAAAUUGCUUAUUGUUACUCAAGAUGAAAUAAAUGAUAACAAAAUAAAAAAUCAUCUUGAAACAGAGCAGAAGGAAAAAGACUUUAACAAUUUAAGAAUCGAGUAUCUAAUAAUUAAUUUUCAACUAGCAUUAGCUGAAAAUGACUAUGAAUUAGCUAGUAUCUAUUUCUCAAAAGUAGAUAUAAAUGAGAAUACAUCAUCAAUGAAUCCAAAAGUACUUUUGGAGUUGUGCCGUUUGAUUUAUAAUGCUAUUUUACAACAAUACCAGAAUUUUAACGAAGAGAUACCAAAUAUUGAUAUUUUGAAUUCCAUGUGUCAUUAUUUAAGGAAUACGUCGGAACUAUUCACAUUAAAUAAAAACAUGUUAAAAACUGAAGUAAAUUAUAGUAGUAUGCAUUUUUCCAUUUUUACAUUACAUGCUGAACUAUUAAUGCUACAACCCUCUACUGAUAUUAAUUGGGAAUUUAUUAAUUCAAUAAUAGAGCAGCUUCAAACAGAAUACCCAAAAAAGAUAGAAUCACAUCUGCUAUCCUAUAAAGUGCGCAAUAAAACUAUGCAUCCAGAGAAUUUAAAUGAAGAAUUGAAAGAAUUAAUUAUGAAAAUGAUUAUAAACAUCGAUAUUAAGGAGAAUUUUGAAGCUAUUACUAACUGCAUUUCUGAUUUUGCACAGAAAUCAAUAACUUUAGCAAACGUGUGCCUUGAUUACAUCUUCGGGAAUAAACUUGAUCCACAAAGAGAUCAAACAAUCUUUGAGAAGUUGAUUUGUAUCAGGGUAUACUUAACGACACAAAGUUCUCAACUAAAUACAUCAGAAAUGAUAAGUAGUUUAAAGGAUUAUUGUACAAAGAUAGAACACACUAUUGUUCACGAGGUGGGAUUGACAACGGUAUCUACGAUAAUAACAUUAUUUUGGAACACAGGGAAAACACUCCAAAAACGAGAUCAAUUUUUGGAGAGUAAUGAGUUUUAUAAUUUAGCAUUAAUGAAUAUAUUUUGUCAAAAUUAUGCAGAUAGAAGUAAAAUUCAAAGAGCUUUAAUCCAAAAUUUCAUCCAAUUAGAUGAUAUGGGAAGAGCAAAGGAAAUUUAUCAAACCAUGGAUUAUGCAAAUAAAAAGUUGCCUUUAUCACAAUUGUUAUUACUUAAAAUAUUAUAUAAAGAAAAUGAUAUUAAAGGUUGUGAAGAAUGUUUUUCACAACUAAAAAUAAAUGAAGGAGACUCGUCAGUUGAGUGUUUAAUUUUAGGUGUCGAAGAAUGUAAAGAUAAUAUUGAACUUUCAUUAAAAGCCAUGCAAAUGCUCUUUGAAAAACUUGAGGAAGCUCAUUUUGCAAAAGAUGAUAAGGGAAAAGUUUCUUUCCCAAUUUUUUCUUUAACAAGAUAUAUUAUCCAAUUAAUAACGAAGGUGACAGAGAAGAAUGGUAACGAAAGCUUUCUCCUUUAUUAUUCAGUUAUUACCAACCUUUUAUCUAAGUCUCUGGAAUAUUUCAAGGUUUUACAAGAUAGAACCGUAGUCGCAAGAAAAUUAAACGCAAAUGUCACAACUGAAAUAAUCUCAAUUGAUGAAAUAGAAUGGUUCAGCUCAACCUGUUACAAUAUUGCUUCGAAAUGUUUUAGAGAAAACAUUCAAGUAGAUAUAGAUCGUAUCGUAACACUCGCUAUCGAGUAUUUUUCUCUAAUCCCAAUUGAAGAUGUUGAUUUCUCAAUAAAAUGUCAUUUUAAAUAUUGGUAUUUCAGGACAAAAUUACUAGCUCUUGCAGUUUCGUCAUCUAAAUUGUCUGGCGACACAAAUGAUCAAAAACGUUUGAUGAUAGAGAAGAAAGUUGAAAAUCUAAACAAUGAAAUUAUUGAAUUAAUUAAUUCCAAAGACAUGAAAGAUAAAGGAAAUGAUGAUGAGAAGACGAAAAUUAAUAGCUGUUUAAUUGAACUUUUACGACUAACAUUUGAGGAUAUAAUGUCGACAAAAAAUAAAGAAAAGAUUUUAGCAUUUAUAAAGAAGUCAUAUAACCAAAAUGAGAAGCAAAUCGAGAUUUUAUUUUUUAGCAUGACAGUUAACAAUCCUAAUUUAUCACAAAGUAUUGCAGUAUACAUAAUGGAGAUGUUAAUUGACCGUAAUACAAGUUCAAACUUGCUUGGCGUCGAGGUUUUACUAAGAUGGCUAAAAAUUUAUAUGAAUUUCAUAUUAGAUCUUGACAUGACAUGUAAGUUUCUGUUAGUAGAACAGCUAUCAAAGCAAUUGCAACAAGAAAAUAUCCCAAAACUGAUAGAAAAACAAGAAGUAAGAGAUGAUUUAGAAAUUAUUUCAACUUUAUGUUGGAAUCAGGGUAUUAACCUAAUAAUGGAAGAAGACAAAGUCAACGCAAAUGUAUACUGUAAACAAGCGCUUUAUUUUGCUGAAUUGGCUAAUCCAAAAUUAUGUGAGCAAUUAAAGCAAAUGUGGAAUGCCCUUGAGGAAUCAAAAUAG